CGAAUAAGAUAUUUCAAAUAGUAAUUAACAUUCGAUACACAAUUAUUAAAUAGUUCCGUGCGCCUUAUUAAAAUAUUUAUCGAAUUGUAUGCAAUUGAAUUUUCCGUUUAAAUAUUCAUAAUAUCAACUGCAAUAAAAUUAAUUUUCAUACAUGGACAGGCAUUAAUGCAAAGCACCACUGCAAGACUUUGUAGCAUUUCGUUAUCCGAUACUACUGAUUUCCAUCCCCUGGUUUUUUAAUAGGUUUGGGCAGGUUUAUUUGCAUGUAUAGGGGAUAUCUUUCACAACUUUCCUUAACAACGAAACAACAACGCAACAAGGGGGCCAAAUAAUGGCUUUUUGAUAUAUCUAUGCUCAUAAAUGUAAUAUCGUUGCUUAAUUUAUUCAAAUACGCGAUUAUUCUGUGAAAUGAAUGCGAGUAUGAUACACGCAAACGACGUCACUGAUCUGGUAGAUCAAAUUACGAAAGUAAAUAUUUUUUCAUCAUCGGAAAAACUUCGAAUGUCAAGGGACAAGGAGAAGACGACGUUCCUCGAUCCGAAUUUAAUUAUGGAUGCGAGACAUCGAAUACCUCGGGAGGAUUUGUCUGUUUCGUCCAUGAAAUAUUCCGCUCUAGCGGAAGCCAAGAGAUUAUUGACGCAGGAACAGACGAAGGAAUUGUACAUGAAGAAACAGGAGAGAUUCCUGAAACGAGAGUUGACGAAAUUUGAAACAGAACUGCAUAGAUAUAGGUCAGAGUUAUUUAAACCAUAUAUCUGUAAAAAAAGAAACCUUGCACCCUCUGAUGAUGUAGACUUUUGGAGAACAUCUAGGAGGAAUAAAAACAAAAUAGCUUUCAGAGAUAAGUCUGAGAGAAAUUGUAGCAUUGGUGAAAGAGUUAUGGAGACUCGUCUAGAAAAUAGCACAACAGCAGAAGUUAAUGACUCUUCCUUAGAAGCAGAGGAUGGGAAGAACUCGAAGACAGAAGAAUGCGAAAUAUCAUGUGUUAGAAGUAUAAAAGUAACAAUCAAGGACAAACCUAAUUUCGAAUCAGAUACACAACGUUUAUGUCUUUUAAGGAAAUGUUUUGAUGCUCUGAAACAAAAUGCCAAGGAAGAGCAACGAAUUCGCGGCAUUAAGACGAAGAUUCAACAAAGUAUGGCUGCUAGGAUAAUGAAAAAGUACUUUGAUAUUUGGAGAAUGUGUACAAAGAAUGCAAAGAACAGGUUGCAGAGCCAAAAGGAAGAACUCUCGGAAGAACGAAAGAUCGAGAAGUUUAUAAAUACAAUUACGGAACGUCAGAAAGAAUUGAUGAAGAGUCAAAAGGAUCAAAAGGAUCAAAAAGGAUCGAGUAACGCAGAUAUAAGAAGAAAGAACGUAUACUGUAAACCCGUUGUUGUCGAAUCGCCGGCACAAAGUCGGUUAAAUGCCCAGAAACGAAUAAUAGAAAAACAGAGAGCCAAAUUGACAGAGCAGAACAAGAUGAUUGAGGAAUUAAAACUAACGCAAACGCAAAAGGAAAUAUCCAGGACGACCAAAGAUACAGUAAAUAUUGUUAAAGAAAUGCUCCCUCACUGUGGGCAAGGGACAAGAAGAACUUUAAUACAAUUGAUGCAACAAAGCGGCUAUAGGGAUGAAAGUCUGGUGGUACCUCGACGAUUACCGGAUCCACCAAAAUUUUUAUUAAGAAUGGAAGCUCGAGCAGUUGCCAGACGGAAGAGGGUAAAACUAGCCGAAGAAUCGCGCAGGAAAAAAUUGGAGGAACAAGAGAGGAAAGCGGAAGCCGACAGAAUAGAAGAAGAACAGAAGAAUAGAAGAAUACAACACGAGGCUCUAACUCAAGCAAGAAGUCUACGGAAAGAGCAAGAACGAAAUCGAAAACGGAAAGAGCAAGAACGAAAUCGACAGCAGGAAGAGCUAGAACGAAAUCGACAACGGAAAGAGGAAGAACAAAAUCGACAACGGGAAAUAGAAAAAUUAAAAAAUUUGAACAAUAUGGCGGACGUAUUUCAUCGAAAAUACUUACUGCGACAUUAUGUGAUAGAGCCGUUGAUAAUUCUGGUUGAAGAAAAGAAAAGUAAUAUUAAGAAGGUAGAUAACCAUUAUAGGAAGAAUUUGAUAAGGAAAGUAUUUAUAGCGCGGAAAGGAAAUACGGAGACUCGAUCCACAAUUAUAAUUGAAACUGCCGAAGUUUAUUAUAAUAGAAGUUUAAUAAGAAAGGUAUUUGAGAAUUGGAAGAAGAUGGCUAAAGAGACGAGACUAAAUUACCAAGUUGCCAUUGAUUUCUGUAAUAUGAAACUCUUAGAUAGAUACUUCAAAUCAUGGAAAAUAAUAGCAUUUGAACUAAAAAUACAAUAUGAAAAAAAGAAAAAAUUAGCCAUCAAUCAUUACGAACUAAAUUUAAAAACGAGAUAUUUUCAUACGUGGAAGAAGUAUCUUGUAAUUGCUGUACAUAUAAAAGAAAGCGAGAAAAGGAAAAACGAGUUGAGGCAAUUGGUGCAAACUGUGAUUCCUGACUUUGAUCCUAAACAGAGGGGCGUAGCAUUAGAGGAUUAAAGUAUAGUUAUAAUAUUAAAUUAAAAUACAAAAACUGUAUAUAUAACGAUAUUUUAAAAAUGAUAUAAUACAAACAUUUAUCACGUUUAAACAUUUCAAGUUUAGAUCUUAAAUGUACUAUACACAAUUGAUUAAUACAAUUUAUUACGUUAGUCGUACAAUGACCACUUUAUCACAGUUACAAUAAAUAUACAAAUGAUGCGCAUAAUAAUGAAACGAAGCUUCAAGAAGACGUCGCUCGUUCGAUGUUGUACCAAGAUAAAUUAACCAAAGAUGAUAUACUAAAUAGAAAAGUACCACCAGACCAACGAGCAAGCUGUAGAGUGCCGAGAUGAAGCAGAGAGC